AUGCAGUGCGUUUGUAUCAUAAUCCGGUCUUCGGCGUGGUUAGGACUCCCAGAUUUCGUUGAGAACAUCUCCGAUGUGAACGGAACAGACAUCUGGCCUGCCACUUUCUGCGUGGGGAGUGCGAUGUGGAUCCAGCUGUUGUACAGCGCCUGCUUCUGGUGGCUGUUCUGCUACGCAGUGGAUGCCUACCUGGUGAUAUGGAGAUCGGCAGGACUGAGCACCAUCCUGCUGUACCACAUCAUGGCCUGGGGCCUGGCCACCCUACUCUGCCUGGAGGGAGCUGUCAUGCUUUACUACCCUUCUGUGUCCAGGUGUGAAAGGGGUCUGGACCACACCAUCCCCCACUAUGUCACCAAGUACUUGCCACUGCUCCUCGUCCUUGUGGCCAACCCCAUCCUGUUCCAAAAGACAGUGACGGCAGUAACCUCUUUACUAAAAGGACGCCAAGGCCUUUACACGGAGAACGAGCGACAGAUGGGAGCUGUGAUCAAGAUCCGAUUUUUCAAAAUAAUGCUGGUUUUAAUUAUUUGUUGGUUGUCAAAUAUCAUCAAUGAAAGCCUUUUAUUCUAUCUUGAAAUGCAACCAGAUAUCAAUGGAGGCUCUUUGAAAGGUGUGAGAAGUGCAGCCAAGACCACGUGGUUUAUUAUGGGGAUACUGAAUCCAGCCCAAGGAUUCUUCUUAUCUCUGGCCUUCUAUGGCUGGACAGGAUGCAGCCUGGAUUUUCAGGCUCCCCGGAUGGAGAUCCAGUGGGAAUCUAUGACGACCUCUGUCGCUGAGGGAACUUACCCGUCCCCAGUGGGCUCCUGUGUGCCCAGUGAAAACACCACUUCCAGGAAGAUGGCACGUGUCAGUGGACACACUUCUGACAAAGCCCUGAGCAUGCUGUCUGAAGGUUCUGAUGCCAGCACCAUUGAAAUCCAUACUACAAGUGGGUCCCGCAAUGCAAAUGAUUUGGACUCUGCUCCCCAAACACGUGGAGACCUAUGA